AUGGGGAACAGCGCGCUCCGCGCCCACCUGGACACGGCGCAGAAGACCGGCGUCUUCCAGCUCACGGGGCAAGGCCUGGCCCAGUUCCCCGAGGAGCUGCAGAGGCUGGCGAGUCACCUGAGGACCAUCGACUUAUCCAACAACAAGAUGGAGAGCCUGCCGCCCUUGCUGAUCGGGAAGUUUACCCUGCUGAAGAGCCUCGCCCUGAACCACAAUAAACUGAGCUUUCUGCCGGAGGAGCUGUGCAGGCUGACAAAGCUGGAGUCCCUGCAGCUGAACCACAACCACCUGACGGAGCUGCCGGCGUCCUUCGGGCAGCUGGCGGCCCUCAAGACCCUCGGCCUCUCGGGGAACCGCCUGCGGGCCGUGCCCGCCCAGCUCGGCCACCUCGGCCACCUGGACUUGGUGGAUCUGUCCAAGAACCAGAUCCAGAGCGUGUCUGACGGCAUCAGCCGGCUGCAGGCCAUCGAACUCAACCUCAACCAGAACCAGAUUUCCCAGAUCUCCGUGCAGAUUUCUCGCUGCCCUCGCCUCAAAGUCCUCCGCCUGGAAGAGAACUGCCUGGAGCUCAGCAUGCUUCCCCAGAGCAUCCUCAGCGAUUCCCAGAUCUCCCUCCUGGCCGUGGAGGGCAACCUGUUCGAGAUCAAGAAACUCCGAGAACUGGAGGGCUACGACAAGUACAUGGAGAGGUUCACUGCCACCAAAAAGAAGUUCGCGUGAUGUCAGCCGGGAGCCCGGGGGCAGCGGGAUCGGGAGCAGAGGCCCCGCCGGCUGAAGGAACGACCGCUCCCGCCCUCGCCCGGGAUGGCCGCGGCGG